AUGGAUGUCAAAGAAAUAGAAGUGAAGUCUAAGGCCCUGAUUAAGGCUACAAGCUCUUCGGAGCCUCCUUCUACCAUAAUAUCUAUUCUUAAAGACCUCCAAAAUGGAAUUAAACCUACCGAGGAUCUUCUGCGCGCCACCAAGAUUGGGAUCACUGUAAACCGGCUGAAGACUCAUAGGAAUCCAGAAGUUGCCCGGCUCGCAGGUGACGUGGUGUACAAGUGGCGGCAGGAAGUGAACAAGCAGAAAACGGGCGGAUCUCCUGCUGGUAGCCAACGGUCCAGCGAUUCCCCAAGACAGACGCCCAACGGAAGUGCUACACCGGGCUCUGGGGCGGACAAGGCCGACAAGAUGUCCAAAUGCCUUGUGGCGCCCGACAAGAGGAGCUGGAAGGCCGACCAGGUUAACACGGCGCAGACCCAAAACAAGACGCGUGACAGCUGCAUCGGGCUGCUGUAUGACGGGCUGUGCCUGCACUCGACGGUGUCGCCGCGUACGGUGCUCCAGAAAUCCAUCGAGGUGGAGGCGGCGGCGUUCAGCGCGUUUGGGCCGGAGAGCCAGGAGCAGUACCGCACGAAGAUCCGCAGCCUGUACCAGAACCUGAAGAACAAGUCCAACCCGGGGCUGAGGGUGCGGGUGCUGGCGAACGAGACGACGGCGGCGGCGUUUGUGCGGCUGACGCACGACGAGCUCAAGUCGGACGAGCGGCGGGCGGAGGACCGCAAGAUCCAGAAGGAGAACAUGGACAAGGCGAUGGUGGCCAAGGCGGAGCGCAGCAUCAGCGCCAGCCUGCAGUGCGGCAAGUGCGGCCAGCGCAAGGUCACGUACACGGAGGCGCAGACGCGCAGCGCCGACGAGCCCAUGACGCUGUUCUGCACCUGUCUGGCGUGCGGCAAGUCUUGGCGGCAGUGA